AAAAGUGCUCAAGGAUAUCACUUUCUCCAACUCAAGGAAGGAGAAGGGAUCAUAUUGUCCAUAUCUUUGACUAACUAGAGGAGCUCUCAGCCACAUUAAUAUGGACAUAUCAUCAGCCAAAUGGUUCUCUGAAUUGGGAAUCGAUGAUUACAAUUUCAUUCCUCAAUGCGACUUGAACGCUCUUGAUGAAGGGUUUACUGCACAGGACAUUGCCACUGCACUUGGGGAGAAUUUCAAGCAAUCUUUAUCUUCUGAAAGCUAUUCAUCUUACCCAACUUUGACUGCCCAAAAUACCAAAACCACCACCACCACCACCACCACAUUAAGUGGUGGUUCAUCCAUUAAUAAGACUUCUCAGACCAGCUUUGAGAGGCCAGCUAAACAGCUCAAGACUAGUAACUGGAACUCUGGCAUCACAGAACAUGUUUCACCAAAACCCUCCUCUUCUUCCUCCCAGAUUCUUUCGUUCGAGAGCUCGAGUUCACCAUCUUCCAAGCCUCAGCACUUCUGUAAUAAUUUUGACUCUACCUUGAAGCCGAAGGAUGAGGCUCCAUCCCAAAUAAAUAUGCAGUUUUCACCUUUAAUUUCCAAGUCUUCCAUUAAAGACUGCAGCCAGGGGACUAAGAGGCCAUAUUCAAUAACUAGAACACCUUCACACGCUCAAGAACACAUAAUGGCUGAGAGAAAGCGGAGAGAAAAGCUCAGCGAGAGAUUCAUAGCUCUUUCUGCCAUUGUUCCUGGCCUAAAGAAGAUGGACAAAGCUUCUGUUCUUGGAGAUGCUAUCAAGCAUGUGAAACAGCUUCAAGACAGGGUGAAAGUGCUUGAGGAACAAACCAAGAAGAGAACCGUGGAAUCCGUGGUUUUCGUGAAGAAGUCUCAACUCUCUGCUGAUGAUGGCACCUCUUCCUGCGAUGAAAGCUUUGAUGGCCACUCUGACGAAGCUUCACUCCCAGAAAUUGAAGCAAAAGUUUCAGAAACGGAUGUUUUGAUUCGAAUUCACUGUGAGAAACAGAAAGGCUUUGUGGUGAAAAUACUAAGCGAAGUUGAAAAGCUUCAACUGUCUGUGGUUAAUAGCAGUAUCUUGCCAUUUGGGAAUUCCGCUCUAGAUAUCACAAUUAUUGCUCAGAUGGAGGAUCAAUUCAAUAUGUCAGUGAAGGAUCUAGCAAGAAACUUGCGAGUGGCUCUGCUGAAGUUCAUGUGACAGGUCAUGGGGCAUUUUCAUAGUCUGAGGAUUCUGUUUUUCCAAUUAGCUAAAAAUUCCCCUUUCUCCACCUUUUUUUUCUACCUACUCUUUUUCCCAACCUUUCCGAGACAAAUCCAAUGCCUGUGCUCUCUCCAUUUUUGGGACCAUCCACCAUUGGGCCCAUUGCUAAAUCUUUGUUUCUCAUGAGGGUUUUCUAUAUGUGUAUUCGCUGGAGGGUUUUUUGUUCUUAUUUUUGCGUGGUUGACUUAUUGGUACCACGUUGAAUUUACCCACCUGCUGUUAUCACAAGGAACCCCACGGCCAGACAUUACUAAGUUUUUUGAGUUUUCAUUUUUCAAAUGAAAUCUCUUCUUAAUUUUUAAGCGCUAGUUUGGUAUUGAUGUGCUUUUAAAAAAAAAUUUGUUUCUGUUG